AUGAUUUUGGAUACCUCCCUGAAUAUGGAGUUUCAAGUCACGGACAUUGCCAGGAUGAUUCUUUGGGACUGGGACUUAAAGCAGUGGUAUAAACCUCAUUAUCAGAAUGCUUGCAGUGGACCUGGAAUCGAUCUUUCUGUGUUAAAUGAAACCCGCACCGUGGUGUCUGACCUCCUGAAUGAGCCAGACCUCCCCCCUCAUGUGAUUUCAUCCCUUCGGAGCAUUAAUAGCUUGAUGAGUGCUUUCUCAGGAUCAUACAGGCAAAAAGUUAAUCCGUUUACACCAUUUCCGGGCUUUUAUCCAUGUCCAGAAAUGGAGGACUCAUCUGACAAAGCUGAUCGUAAGCCACACAAGGGACUAAAUAGCCGAAAUAGCUUACCAACUCCACAGUUAAGGCGGAGUUCAGGCACCUCAGGCUUUCCUCCCAUUGAACAGUCAUCCACUAGAUGGGAACGCAAUAAUGGCAAAAGACCACAUCAUGAAUAUAAUUCUUCAAGUCAAGGAUCCUAUCCAAAUGGGCCUCUCAACACAAACCUGUUGACAAUACCAAAACAAAGAUCAUCUUCAGUGACCUUGGCUCAUAAUAUAGGCCCAAAACGAGCUGGAACUUCCUCAAAUUUAAGUCAUGUGAGUUCACCUACUAAUGGAUUUAUAUCCAGUGGGUUCCACCGGUCACCGGUAGAAUUUCCUGAUACUGCAGACUUCCUUACUAAGCCAAGUGUUACUUUACAUAAACCUCUGGGAUGCACAUUUAGUUCUUCAGAUUUUCAGCAACCAUUUAGAACAUCAUAUUAUACAUGUAGUAGUUGUGGACGUCAGAUAUUCAAACCUGUUACAGCCUCAUUAUCUGAAUGUGCUUCAGAAUAUCAAAGCAGAAAAUCAGGUGAAGAUGGAAAUAAUGAAAUCCCAAAAGACCUUAUUCACCAUACAGAGAAACAACAGGAUGGAACAGGAGAAUUAGAAACUCAAAAUUGUCAAAUGGCCCAGACUGAAAACAAGCAACUUGAUUUAGAAGGAGAUCCUCCAUUGGACCUGAUGGUAACUGAAGACUAUGAUUCAUUAAUGGAAAAAAUGAACAACUGGAACUUCCAAAUAUUUGAUCUUGUUCAAAAAAUGGGGGAUAAAUCUGGAAGAAUCCUUAGUCAGGUUGCAUAUGCAUUGUUUCAAGACACUGGAUUAUUUGAAAUUUUCAAAAUUCCAACUUGGAAAUUCAUGAAGUACUUCCAGGCUCUAGAAAAUGGUUACCGAGACAUUCCCUAUCACAAUCGAGUACAUGCAACAGAUGUUCUUCAUGCUGUGUGGUAUCUCACAACACGGCCAAUUCCUGGAUUUCAGCAAAUGCAUUUUGAUCCUACAGCAGGACGUGACCUUGAUGCAGAUAGGCAACCCAGUCAAGUUGCUUAUAUUUCCUCUAAGAGCUGUAUUAUUGUUGAUGAAAGUUAUGGAUGUUUAGCCUCAAAUAUUCCAGCUUUAGAAUUAAUGGCUUUGUAUGUAGCAGCCACUAUGCAUGAUUAUGAUCAUCCUGGUCGUACAAAUGCUUUUCUGGUAGCUACAAAUGCUCCUCAGGCUGUGCUGUACAACGACAGAUCAGUUCUAGAAAACCAUCAUGCUGCUUCUGCAUGGAGUCUUUUCUUAUCUCUUCCAGAGUACAACUUUCUGCCUUGUCUGGAUCAUGUGCAAUUCAAACGAUUUCGAUUUUUAGUGAUCGAAGCAAUCCUUGCCACAGAUCUCAAAAAACAUUUUGACUUCCUUGCUGAAUUUAAUGCUAAGGUCAGUGAUGUAAACAAUCAUGGUAUUGAGUGGAACAAUGAAAGUGAUCGCCUGUUAGUGUGUCAGAUGUGCAUCAAACUGGCAGAUAUCAAUGGCCCAGCAAAAGCAAGAGAUUUGCACUUGAAAUGGACAGAAGGCAUUGUUAAUGAAUUUUAUGAACAGGGAGAUGAAGAAGCAAGUUUAGGGCUACCUAUUAGCCCUUUUAUGGACCGCCAUUCUCCUCAACUGGCAAAAUUGCAAGAAUCUUUUAUUACUCACAUUGUUGGUCCCUUAUGUAAUUCUUAUGAUGCAGCUGGCUUGCUCCCAGGCCAGUGGAUUGACAAAAAAGAAGAUAACAUGGAAAGCUCUGAAGAUUAUGAUAUAGAAGAAUUAGAUAGUGAAUAUGAUGAAAUGGACGAUAUUGGCACAAAGCCACAAAGAAAAAAUAGACAGCAAAUGUUCUGUCAGCUAAUGUACCAUUUGAAUGAAAAUCACAAAGUAUGGAAGAAAAUGACUGAAGAAGAAGAGCUAAAUAAAUCUGAAGAGAGUAAACAGUCAGAGAACACAUUGUUGGGCAAUACAGAUGAAAUUCAAGUUAUUGAGGAAGCAGAUGAAGAAGAGGAACGACAUCAAGAAGGAAAAACAGUAUGAGACCUUUUCAGAAUGGUAUAUAGGAGGGUUCCAGAAAGAAUAUGUUUUCAUAGUACUGACUGAAGACUAACACAGAUGAUAAAACUAACAAAGAUCUGAUUACUGUGAGCAGACAUUUAUUUCUCAGGCAGUAUUCCACUCCUAUGCACUUUUAUCAAAUAGAAUUCAAAAACUUUAUCCAGAAAUGUACUGAACAUUGCGUUUCACAAUACAAAGAC